AUGAUUUUCAAUCAUGAAAAAGCCAAAAUUCUAUUAAAAUUUCUCCAUUUACCUCUCACAUUCUCUCCAAAGCCUCCAGCUACUCUUUCUCAAACUCUACAAUGGACUUUGGAAAGAUACUACAAUUUACCACUCUAUGGAAAGAAGAUCAACAUUGCUAACAAUACUAAUAAUACUCUCAAUUCAAAGAGUGAACAUACAAUUUCCGAGCACUCUUCCAAAGCAAAUGAUGAUCAUCAAUUAAAUAAUAAUAAUAUUAUUUAUAAUGAAUUUAAUAAUUAUGAAUGGAAAAGUUAUGAGGAAAUUUAUUGUCAGGCUCAAGAAUUUCAAAUUUAUUUGGAGGAGAAUUGUAGUGUGGAGGUUGGUGAUUUGGUGUUGAUUUGUUGUCCAACGAGUGAAGAGUGGGUGAUUGCAGAUUUGGCAUGUGCAAUGGCUGGUCUUGUCUCAAUUCCAGUGGAUCCUAUGCUUGGUGUUUUGAAAAUCAAACAGAUUUGUGAGUUGACCAAACCAAAGGCUAUUUUGUGUUUGGACUCAACCUUGUUUGAUGGUGUAAAGUUGGAUUGCUCUGUAAACAUUGUGAAAAUUGGACCAUUACAGAAGAGAAGUAAUUUUGAUUCGAAACUGAUUGCAAAUCUGUCUGAAAAGGAAGACGAAACCUAUUUAUUUACAUUGCAACCAACUAGUGGAUCAACUGGCAAUGUUAAACUCACAAAAAGGACUCGCUCUAAUUGGCUUAAAAGAGAAGGAAAUAGAGAAACCAUUCUUCUUAUCAAUUCCUUAUCCAGUCCUUCUUCACGUUCUUGGUUGUGGACUAAUCUAAUGCAAGGUGGUAAGGUGGCAGAAUCUUCAUUGGAAACUUUAAUAUCAGACAGUCAAAUUGUUCACCCAACCCAGGUUUCUUCCACUCCCAUAGUUUGGGAUCACAUUUCCUCAGUGGUACGAAAGGGAACAAUCAAACCAACAGCAUCCCUGGAUGGAACAAUAUCGUGGAUGAAUACUCUUUUUGGUCCAAAAUGUAGAGCUGUUACAAAUACAGGUGCAGGAUUGAGUCAAUCAACAAGAGAAUUGAUGACAUCGUUGUUUGGAUCUGCUUUUGGAGAUGGAUAUGGUAGUAGUGAAACAGGUGGAAUUGCAAUUAAUGGUAAACUAUUACCAGGAGUUCAAAUUAAAUUAGUAGAUGUACCAGAAAUGGGCUAUUACUCAACCGAUAUUCCAUAUCCAAGAGGAGAGCUCUAUGUGAAAACUAGUACCAUGUUUGAUGGUUAUUUAAAUGAUGAGAAAACCUAUCAAGGAAAAUAUCAAGAAUGGUUUCCAACAGGUGACAUUAUUCAAUUAUUAUCACCUGAUGAAAUUCAAGUUAUCGAUAGAAAGAGUUUUACAAUGAAACUGAAGAAUGGAAAAUUUGUUUCAUCAACUUCAAUAGAAAAUUCUCUAAAGAGCUCAAAGUUGUUACAAGUAAUUGUAAUUGUGGAACAAUAUUCUGGAAAAGUAAUUUCAGUUGUAGUGCCUAAUUGGGACUUGUUCAAAGUCUUUUUGAAAGAAAAAGGAGUGGAAGGCUUGAGCAAAAGUGAAAUGUGCUCCUCUGAAAAAUGUAGAAACGAAGUAUUGAAAGAGUUGAAAAGAAUUCAAUUAUCAGAAGGAUGUAAUCCAGAUGAAAUUCUAAGAGGUGUUUUAAUUAAGGAGAAUUUAUUUAGUGUAGAGGAUGGUUCUCUCAAUCCUUCUUUAAAGAUUUCCAAGUUAGAGCUUGUUUCUAAAUUUUCAAAGGAAUUUCAGGAACUGAACAGUAAUAAUGUUGCAGAGAAUGAAAAUGAUUCAAUAGAGAAAUAUUUGAAAAUUUUGAAAGAUAUUUUUGGCCACGAAGUGUCAAUGGGCAACCAUUGGACAGAACUGGGUACAAAUAGUAUUACUGUUACGAUGAUUGCCAACAAGUUAAAUUCAACAUUUGAUAGCCAAAUAUCAUCAAGCCAAAUUUACAGAUCUAUCACAGUGGAAAAUCUAGCAUUUGAAUUAUUUAACAAUACAAAUGCAACUCAUCAUAUAGAAGAGAGAACACUAUUAUUACAGGAUAUUCAAUCUGUUCUUCCACAAACAGAUGGAACCAAUAGAGCAGUUCCACCGGCUCCACCUCAAACAGUCUUUAUGACUGGUUCGAGUGGCUUUCUUGGAGCCUAUAUACUGGAUAAUUUGACAAAACUUGGUGUUAAGGUUAUAUGUCUAAUUCGCUCCAGUCCUGAAAAGUUUUAUUCAAGAAUGGAAUAUUAUGGAAUUUCACCCAACAAGAAUCUAAUUGAACUUGUUAAAGGAGACAUUUCAAAACCUCUUUUUGGAUUAUCAGUCAUUGAAUUUAAUAAUAUAAGAGAAAAGACCCACUCUAUUAUUCAUAGCGCAUCUAAUGUAAAUUGGCUUCUUCCUUACUCUGCUCUUCGUCAUACGAAUACACUUCCUGUGAAAACAAUAAUGCUUCUAUCAAAUUCAAAUAUUCCAAUCCAUUACAUUUCUAGCAUUGCUUGUGCAGAGCCUGGAUCGUGUGAAACUCUUAUACCAGACAUUCCACAUGACCCUGCAUCUAUGGGUUACGGUACUUCAAAAUGGGCCUCUGAAUACCUUCUAUCACGCUAUUCUAAACAAGACCAAGGUUCGGUUGUUAUUUACAGACCUGGUCAUCUAGUUCCAACAUCUGUCGAUCAGGUGGUUGGACUGAAUGAGAAUGACUUUGUUUCUGUACUGAUUUCUGGGUGUAUUAAAGCAAAAGCAUUUCCACCAUAUAGUGGAGCUGUGGAAUGGACAAGUGUUGGAACAACUGCUAGUUUAAUAGUACAAUCUGUUAUGAAACAAAAAGGUCCACUACCAUCAGAAUUUAAUAUUUUCUCUCCAUUGUCUACCAAUUAUGAAGAUUUAUAUCAAGCUAUAUUAUUGGAGGGAUAUGAGCUUAAAAAGUGUAAUAAGGAUGAAUGGAACAAUAUUCUAAAACAGAAAGAUAAUCCUCUUAACAGUGUUUCUUUUCUACUCGUUGAUGGAUUGAAAGGAACUAAUUUAUCAAAACGAUUUACUUCAUCUAAUAUCAAAUAUCUAGAAAGAGACCUUUCAUGGCCAGCAAUUUCAAUCCAGAAUAUUAGAAAUUGGAUUAGUCACUUGCAAAGAAUCAAGCUUAUUCCUCCACCAAAAUGA